AUGAAAUUACCUUCUAAAAAUAAAUUACCGGAUUAUUACGACAUAAUAAAAAAACCUUUGGAUAUAAAGAAAAUAUUUAACAGGAUAGAAGAUAGAAAAACGGUGGACGACGAGGAUGGAAAUUCCGAAUCGGAAUCCGUUAGAAUGAAAAUAAAAAUAAAAAGUGGAAAAGGUGGAAGAGGAGGAGAGGGAAGAGGACGCACGAGAAGGAGGAAAACUCAACCAAAGUACACGAAUAGCGAUGACGAAGACGAAGAUGAUUGA